UAUGCAUAUGGCCAUUUCAAAUUUGAAAAGCGAACAACAUUUCACGUCAUCAUUCCAACGAAUCGUAAGCGACUGGACUUACUCUUCCCUAAUUUUGCUCUCUGAGCUCCCUUCUCAAACCCUAAUCUCUUCAAUUCAGUCAAUCAAAAUUCUCAGUUGUUCCGCGGAUUAGGAAUUCAAUCUCUUUUCGUGUCAAUAGUUGUUGAUAUGGCGGAGAGGUGCGAAGAUCUUCCGGACGAGUGCUGGGAACUGAUAUUCAAUCGGCUCGACCAUCACUCCCAAUUCGAAGCCCUCUCUCUUGUCUGCCGGCGAUUUCUUUCCAUCACGGAUCGGCUUCGUACCUGCCUCACGAUCCUCUACCCGACAAUUCAUGUUCACGGUACUCUUUCUAAAUUAUUCAAUCGAUUCCACCGCGUUAAAACCAUCGAUCUCAGCCGAUUUCAUGGCGAAAUAGAUCGGGUCGUUCUUGAGAUUGCCGGGUCUGGGUUGAACCUCGAAGCCCUAGAUGUUUCGGGAAGCCAUUGCCUCGCAAUGGAGGGCUUGAAUCGAUUAGGGUUGAAUAUGAAGAGUUUGAAGGUUUUCAAUUGUGCGGGUCUCUGGAGAUUUUGUGAUAGUGAAUUGCUUGCAAUAGCGAAUUCGAUGCCGUGGGUGGAGGAGCUGGAUAUCAGUUAUCCUCGCAAUGUUUUCGACUUGCAUAGGGAGUUCGAGAAUCUGAGCCCGGAUAAAGCAAAUAUAACUGAUGAGGGAAUUAGGGUUUUGUCAUCCAAAUUAAGGGGCCUGAGAAAAAUCAAUAUUUCUGGGAACGAAUUCCUUACAGAUAGGUCGAUUGACGCCCUCUGCUCCAACUGUGUCCUCUUGGAAGAAAUUGUAGUUCAGGACUGUCCACUGAUUACCCAUCAUAGCAUUGGAUCUUUGAUUCGCAAUAGCCCCAACUUGGGUUCAGUCAAAGUUAAUGGACUUAGACUCUUUGGAUCUUCUGUAGACUUGCCUGUUAGUGGUUCGUUUGGUUAUGCUAGAGCUUUAUCCUGUAUUGUGAUGCAUAAUUCAUUUGUCUCUGAUGAAUUUCUCUCAAUGCUUGUAAAGUCUGAUAUUCCUUUGAAGAGGUUCAGUCUUGAUGGGUGCUUUGGUUUUACAUUCUCUGGACUCUCGUUGCUCUUGCAAACUUACCAGUAUCUUGAGUACUUUUCUCUUGUUGGUGUUGACUUUCUCACUGAUGAUCACAUGAGUCAUUUGUCUAACUAUCUCAGUACUUCAAUUGCAGUAAAGCUCGGGUUUUGCUCCGGGCUAACUCAUUUGACCUUUGCAGUGCUUGUAAAGAAUUGUCCUCUCCUGGAGGAUAUUGAUAUGGGUAGAACAAAUCUAGGUGUAGGCGAAUGCAAUGUAGAUGCCGUAGAAAACCCACGAAUCAGGUCUUUGAAAUUAGUAAAGAAUGUGAAUCUGACCAAUGAAUGUCUUGGAAAACUUGCUUCAAUGUGCCCCGGUUUACAACUCCUUGAUGUCUCCUAUUGCCUGGGUAUUGAUGAAGAAGGCAUUUUGAGCUUUCUAAGAAGUGGCUCAAAGAUUCGCCAACUGCAGAUCAAUGGGUGUUGGGGGAUUAAGAACAUUGGAACCAGUUUUGAACUUCCUGAACUGGAGGUCUUGCAAGCCGCCAAAUCAGGGAUCAAUGACAAAGCACUGGCAACGAUAGGGGCUAGGUGUCGCAUGCUUCAGAAUCUGAACUUGAAGGGUUGCUUGGGCGUGACAGCGGGAGGGUUGAAGGAAAUUUUGACAAAUUGCCGAAGGCUGAGGGAGAUAAAUUUGACCUCGUGUGUCAAUGUAAGUAUGGAGGACUUGGUUCGGCUGGUGUUUUCACGGCCGUCAUUGAGGAAAGUAGUGCCGCCAAACGUCUCAUUUGCUACUGAAAACCAGGGGAAAAUUUUCUUGCGCCAUGGAUGUCUUCUUGGUGUCUGACUGGCCCUCGAAUAUCGGCAUAGCCAGUGAGAAAGCAGCUGAGAAUAUUUGUUCAUCUUUAUCUUUUUAAGUUCCAUUGAUUGAUCCAUUUGUAUAGGACUAUGUUGUUGAGACGCGAAGAUUGAUGAUUGUGUUGUGAUGUAAACUAUUUUGAUUGACAAAGUUCGAAGAUUUUUGCUCAAAGCAACAAUGGUGUUUUGGGUUCUAGAUUUGUACGGUUUUUUCAUGCAUAGCUUUCAACUUGUAUCAGCUGUUAACAUCGGUGGAGAGUGCAAAUGAAAAGCUCUUGUGUGUG